AGCAGCGGCGGGGGCGGGCAUGCCGGGCGGCGGCGGCGGGCCCGCGGCGGCGCUGCGCGAGCAGGAGCGGGUGUACGAGUGGUUUGGGCUGGUGCUGGGCUCGGCGCAGCGCUUGGAGUUCAUGUGCGGGCUGCUGGACCUGUGUAACCCGCUGGAGCUGCGCUUCCUCGGCUCGUGCCUGGAGGACCUGGCGCGCAAGGACUACCAUUACCUGCGCGACUCGGAGGCUAAGGCCAACGGCCUCUCGGACCCCGGGCCGCUGGCCGACUUCCGAGAGCCCGCCGUGCGCUCGCGCCUCAUCGUCUACCUGGCGCUUCUGGGCUCGGAGAACCGUGAGGCCGCCGGUCGCCUGCACCGCCUCCUGCCCCAGGUGGACUCGGUGCUCAAGAGUCUGCGCGCGGUUCGGGGCGAGGGUUCGCGGGGCGGCGCGGAGGACGAGCCCGGCGAGCGCGGGGAGGACGGCGAAGGCGAGGAGGACGCCGAGAAGGACGGUUCCGGCCCGGAAGGCAGCGGCGCCGAGCCCCGGCCCGGCGGCGGGCUGGGCUUCAGGGCCCAGGAGGAACUGCUGCUGCUUUUCACCAUGGCUUCGCUGCACCCGGCGUUCUCCUUCCACCAGCGGGUCACCCUGAGGGAGCACCUGGAGAGGCUCCGCACCGCGCUCCGCGGGGGGCCCGAGGACGCAGAGGUGGAGGUGGAGCCGUGCAACUUUGCCGGCCCCCGGGCCCAGAGUGACUCCGCUCACAGUGACUACCCGCAGAGUCAUGAGGCCAGCGUGCUGGCACGAGCCCUGAUACCUCACGACGGACUUCCUGCGGCGCCGCACAGAGCCCAGCGAGAAGCUGUGCACAUCGAGAAGAUAAUGUUGAAAGGAGUCCAGAGAAAAAGGGCUGACAAAUAUUGGGAGUACACCUUCAAAGUAAAUUGGUCUGAUCUUUCAGUCACAACAGUAACAAAAACCCACCAAGAACUACAAGAAUUUCUACUGAAGCUCCCAAAGGAAGUGUCUUCCGAGACUUUUGACAAGACCAUCUUAAGAGCCCUGAAUCAGGGUUCGUUGAAAAGGGAAGAACGGCGACAUCCUGACCUAGAGCCCAUCCUAAGGCAGCUAUUUUCAACUUCAUCCCAAGCUUUUCUACAGAGUCAGAAAGUGCACAGCUUCUUUCAGUCCAUAUCACCAGACCCUCUGCACAGCCUCAAUAACUUACAGUCCUCUCUGAAGACUUCUAAAAUAUUAGAACACUUAAAGGAAGACAGCUCAGAAGCUUCAAGUCAAGAAGAAGAUGUGUUACAGCACACCAUAAUCCACAAGAAACACACCGGCAAGAGUCCCCUUGUGAACACCAUUGGUACAAGUUGUUCUCCGUUGGAUGGGCUCACCAUGCAAUAUUCUGAACAGAACGGAAUUGUGGAUUGGAGAAAACAGAGCUGCCCCGCCGUUCAGCACCCGGAGCACUGUGUGGCCUUAGCUGACCAGCAUUCAACUGAAAAACGAAGCUUAUCUUCAAUAAAUAAGAAGAAAGGAAAGCCACAAAUAGAAAAGGAGAAAAUUAAGAAAACUGACAACAGAUUGAAUAGUAGAAUAAAUGGUAUCAGACUCUCAACUUCCCAGCAUGCCCAUGGUGGUUCUGUGAAAGACACAGACAGCAAUUCUGAGGAUUCUGGGAAUCCGUCAACAACCAGGUUUACAGGCUGUGGUUCUGUCAACCAGACCGUCAGUGUCAAGCCACCUGUUCAGAUUGCUUCGUUAGGAAGCGACAACGGAGGCCUUCUAGGAGACCCCCUACAUGCGCCCAAGUAUCAGCAUAUUUCUUUUAUGCCAACUUUACACUGUGUCAUGCACAAUGGUGCCCAGAAGUCUGACGUUGUCGUCCCUCCACCCAAAUCCGCUGACGGCAAGACAAUAGGGAUGCUUGUUCCCAGUCCCGUUGCGAUUUCUGCAAUAAGGGAGUCCACGAAUUCUACCCCUGUUGGAAUACUGGGGCCAACGGCUUCUACCGGAGAAUCCGAAAAACACCUCGAAUUACUGGCUUCCCCUUUACCUCUUCCGUCGGCGUUCCUCCCGCACAGCAGCGCCCCUGCUCUGCACCUGACAAUUCAGAGGCUAAAGUUGCCGCCGCCGCCACAGGGGUCCUCCGAGAGUUGCCCGGUUAACAUCCCGCAGCAGCCACCCGCGAGUCUGAGCAUCGGAUCACCAAACACUGCCUUUAUCCCUGUCCAUAGCCCAGGUGGUUUUCCGGGAUCUCCUGUGGCUACCACGGACCCCAUCGCAAAAUCUGCAUCCCAGGUGGUAGGACUCAAUCAAAUGGUGCCUCAAAUCGAGGGAAACACUGGGACAGUCCCUCAGCCUACCAACGUGAAGGUAGUUCUCCCAGCAGCCGGCCUUUCGGCCGCACAGCCACCAGCUUCCUACACCUUGCCGGGCUCCCCGCUUGCUGCCGGCGUGCUGCCCAGCCAGAAUUCCAGCGUGCUCAGCACGGCGGCGGCGGCGGCGGCGGCCCAGUCCGCGGGUGCGGGCAUCAGUCAGGCCCAGUCGGUUCCUCCCGCGGUUCCCACCCACACCCCAGGCCCCGCCCCCAGCCCGAGCCCCGCUUUGACGCACAGCACCGCGCAGAGCGACAGCGCGUCUUACAUCAGCGCGGUGGGGAGCACGAACGCUAACGGGACAGUAUUGCCGCCGCCGCCGCAGCAGAUGGGCUCGGGUCCUUGCGGUUCUUGCGGGCGAAGGUGCAGCUGCGGGACCAACGGCAGCCUUCAGCUGAACAGUUACUAUUAUCCCAACCCGAUGCCCGGACCAAUGUACCGAGUCCCGUCGUUCUUUACUCUGCCAUCCAUCUGCAACGGCAGCUACCUCAACCAAGCACAUCAGAGCAAUGGAAACCAACUUCCUUUUUUUCUGCCUCAGACUCCGUAUGCGAACGGCCUGGUGCACGACCCGGUCAUGGGGAGCCAAGCCAACUACGGCAUGCAACAAAUGGCGGGGUUUGGGAGAUUCUACCCUGUGUAUCCAGCACCUAACGUAGUUGCCAACACGAGCGGUUCGGGGCCCAAGAAGAACGGGAACGUUUCAUGUUACAACUGCGGUGUAAGCGGGCACUACGCACAGGAGUGCAAGCAGUCGUCCAUGGAGGCCAGUCAACAAGGCACUUACAGACUGAGAUACGCACCUCCCCUCCCCCCUUCUAAUGAUACGUUGGAUUCUGCAGACUGAAACGCGUAAAGCUUGACUGCUUAAUACCCUGACGUGUUGGGGAGUCAUGGUGGGGUGUGGAGGGGAGGAAAGGAAAGGUAUUUUGUUUGUGUUUCUUUGUCUAUACAUUUCCUAGAUUUCUAUGCACUUGGGGUUUUUCAUUUCUGUUGUACUGAUGUCCAAAACAAAAAGAACGCGUUGCUUUUGAGCCUCUGGUCUCCUGGUUCAACAACAGGCUUAUCUGUAUGAUACAUGUAAUUUAAACCUCCAAACUAUCAAAAGGAAAAUGUUUGCUGUGCUUUUUUUUUUUUUUUUACACUGAAUACUUGCUGUGUGCAAUGUUUACUGAAUCUUUAAAACUGUGUAUUUGACCUUUUUUCUUUUUUUUUUUUUUUUUUUUACAACACUGGUGACAGUCAUAUGGUUUUGAAAAAGAGAAACUUUGCUUCUUCCCAGCUUUUCUCACUUUCACCGCAAAGGACACACGUCUCCCCGCCACCCCCUUUCCUGUGGCCUGUAAAUCCAGGGUGAAGUGCUUCACCUUCAUCUGAGAGGAGAAAUCAAGUUCCCCAAAUCGUGUGUAUAUAUGUAAUAAACAGCAUCACGUAAAUACAUAUAUGCAGUGCUUGUUGUCCAAAUCAAAAUUCAAGUUAAGUGGAAGAGAGCGGAAGAAGUAAAACCAUAUGAAACUGAAAAAAUAUGAUGUAUGAAGCGGACAAAGAGCUUUUUCUUAAAAAAAAACAAAACAACAACAAAAAAAGUUUUUACUUCGUCAUACUUUUUUAGCCUGUUGCUUCAGAGAGACAUAAAGUGAACAAACGUGUGAGUGUUGUGUGUGUGUGUGUGUGUGUGUCUGUGUGUGUGUGUGUCUGUGUCUGUGUCUGCGAUGAAAGUCGACGGCUGAUCUCUCUUGUAGUCUGUCACCGUGUCGUGCUAAAGAGACACUACCGGAGUAAAGAUUGCUUCUUUUCUCACGCCGACUGUAGCAGUGAUACGUUGUGUUCGAGAUGUGUGUGGUCUGUUGCAGUCCGAGCGGAAGCUCUGGUUUCUGCGAAAGUCAGGUUCGUUCCCUAACCCGUCUCUCUCGUCGCAAAGUCACUUUGAUAAGUUUCCCACUCUGCGUGAUCAUAAUGUGAAAGACUGGCUUCCGAGUGUGUUCAGACAGUAGUAAGCAUGUCUGUGUCCUGUCACUAAUUUUAAUGCUGCUGUUUUUAAAAAAAAAAAAAAAAAAAAAAAAAAAAAGUUUUUUUUAAAGCCAAUCUAUGUACUAAAUUGCUUCCAGGUAAUUUUUGAUUUCCUAAAGUGCACUGAGAUUAUCUGGAAGCCUUGGGUGUAUUUUUGGAACUGCUGCAUUCAACAGCGAUGAGCAUCUGCCCCCGUACAGUCAGGGGUUCAGGGUCGGGCUGGUUUUGUUUUCCCAUUCCUCAGUCCAGAGCAGAAGGGAUAGAUUCGUGUCGUGUGGGGCAAUGUCAGUGCCCAGCAGAGGAACUUAAAUACUUGGUCUGGGUUCAGAAGCCCAACAGAUUGCUAGAUAAAAGGAAAAACUUGAAGAAAAGAGAAGCUUCAUUUAAUGCUUCAUGGGUAGCAUUUAUAUUUAUAACAGCAAUGUACAUUUUGAAACUAACUUUCAGGGUGGGAGUUCGGGGGGAAGGGAAAGGGGUGGGUGUCAAGGGGUAGAUGAAAGUUUUAAUUUAAAGAAGAAAGUUCGCAUAAAGGAAAUUAUUUUGAUUAAAUAUAUUUUAUUUGAUCUGGGUAUUUUUGGACCACAUUAUUAAAUUAAUUGCUAAGCUGCCGUUGAGUUGUUCCAAGUGAGAGUUUUGAUGAGCCACGUAUGGGCCGUGUUGGGAACCACUUGCCAGUUGUACUUUAUGGAGCUUAUUUUAUGAUUUAAAAUACUGUACUGUAUAUAGGAGGUAUGUUACCUUCUCCUUAUUUGUAUGUUUACCAUAUACUUUGAUAUUUGAAAUGUUAUGUACUGGAAAGGCCACUUAUAUUUCUAGAACAGAUUGGAUUUUAUGCAACCCUUUUUCCUUGAAUUAACAGCAAUAAAAAAAAUGAAAAACAGCU